AUGGCAUUAGAGUUGAACGGUGUUCGAUCUGUUUUAGCAUUGGCAAGAAAAGGAAAAGAGGUAGUGCCACUAGAUUUGAUUCAAAUCCUUGGAAGCAAAAAGACGACCAAGGAAGCAUGGGACACACUAAUAUCAUGCGGGCCGGAGUUGAACAUGUUUGAGAAGCCAAAUGAGGGGGUGGAGGCUUUAGGCAUUCGACUUGCGGUGAUCGUCAACAAGCUCGAGGUGUUGGGCAAUCUAGUGUCUGAGCAUAAGGCAUUGCUCAAAUUCCUUCGUAGAGUGUCGUGUACAUACAAGCAUAUGGCUAUGGUGAUUGAGUCACUCGUCGACCUGAAAACGUUAUCCAUUAAGGAACUCACAGGUCGGCUCCUAGUCGUAGAGGAGCGUGGAAAACUCGAUGAUGUUAGAUUUUCUAAAUUUUGCGAGGAGAACAACAUUAAGCACAACACUACGACUUCCUACACACCACAACAAAAUGGCAUUGUAGAGAGGCGUAACCAGAUAGUAGUAGAGAUGGUACAUUAUCUUAUGAAGUCAAUGAAAAUACCAGACAUCUACAAUCCUACUAAUGAGGUCGUUAAUGUCAAAGUAUUUGGACUUUGUAUUUUGGUUGUUGAGGAGCUUAAAAGCGUGGACAAUGAACUUGUUAAUGUGUAUUGGAAGGAUGCCAUGGAGGAAGAGAUGAAGUCGAUUUUUGAGAACAAGACAUGGGAGCUUGUGUCACUUCCAACUAGUCAUCGAGCCAUCGGACUGAAAUGGGUGUUCAGAGUUAUAAAAGACCCCGAUGACAACAUCGUGAAGCACAAUGCGAGACUCAUCGCAAAAGGAUAUGCGUAG